GCCUAGCCAAGCAGUGAGGGUGCAGCGAAGAGAGAGGCCCAGACUGUCCCUUUGAUGCCCUGCAGUUGCUACUGGACCCAUGCCCAGCCCUGAUGCUUUGCAGCGCCUUGUGAGCGGAACUUUCCGUUGGAGGUUUUCACAAUCUGCUGCCCACGCUGCAACUGCUAAAAAGUUGCCCGUGGGGUGGGCUUCACGGCUGAGUUUGAGAAAGCUGCUGAGGAGGUUAAGCACCUCAAGACCCAGCCAGCGGACCAAGAGAUGUUGUUCAUUUACAGCCACUACAAACAAGCCACUGUGGGCGACAUAAAUACAGAGCGGCCUGGAAUGUUGGACCUCAAAGGGAAAGCUAAGUGGGAUGCCUGGAACCAACUGAAAGGGACUUCCAAGGAAAGUGCCAUGAAAGCUUACAUCGACAAAGUAGAAGAGCUAAAGAACAAACACGGAAUGUAACAGACUGGAUUUGGUCACCAGCCACACGUUUAACCUAAAACUAUGUAAUGCCUUGUUUUUUCUAAUACUGUGGGUGAUGUGAAAUUAGUCGGUUACUCUAGUUCCUCAGGGUGUACCAGGAUGUUUCUCUAACAGUUUAAGGAGCAGGAAUGGUCACUGACCUCUUCCUUCCCCCAGUAGUUUUUAUCUGGAAUCAAUUCAAAUAUAUUUGUUACUUGAA